AUGAAACCGUUCACCCUCUUCUUUGGCGCAAGUGACGAAAUUACUACAUAUGAAGUAACUCAUAACCCUUCAUAUGAACUGGUCAUGCACACAGUAAACCACCUUCGGGAUCGCCUUCUUAAAGAACAAGUUCUCCGUGUCCCUUUCCUCCACAUUUUUACGAACUGUUAUAACGAUGAUAGCGAGUUUCCUCGCGACUUGGCACCUUGCACUCCUGUCGCCGACCGGGUCUCAAAUCUGGUCAAAAUCAGAAGAAUCCGAGAGCAUCCCCCUACCGAUGCUGAUGUGGUCGAAUUCCUCACAAACGCCUUUCCCGAUUUAUAUCUCGCUCAUGGUGAUUUUGGGCCAGAAGGUGUCAGCUGGGUAGAGACAAUGAGUGGAAGAGAAGAGGCUGACAGUCAGAAGAUAACGAUCAACGGCAAGCUUGUACUGCUGUGGCUGCAAAUUGUAAAUACCCCCAUUACAGUUGGGCCAGCACGGCUCUCGCUAAUGUUCAUUGCGAUUUUUCUGCAUGAACUUGCUCACAGUGCACUAGUUUGGUAUGGCAGGGGUGUGUGUGACAGUCCACAAAUUGGGGGUAUUGAGAGAGAGGGUGGAAAUUAUGUUGAACAGGCGUUCUUUGGAGGAAUUACCCUCGCAGAGUUUGAGUUGGAACCGAUGCAGCUUGUGGAAAUCGGAAUCCAGCAAGGGGCGUCAUUUUACAUCAUUGAGAAUGAUUUGGCCAAACAACUUGUACGCUUUGACACCUCCAAUGGUCUCCCUCUCCUCGAUAUCACAACCCUCUCUCCCUCACCUCCUGCCACCUUUGGCCGUGUCCGUGCCAAAUUUAAUAAGGCAAUGAGUAACAUCGGGGUUCUACCAGCACCGAAAAAAAUGUCGGCAACACGUGCACAGCCAUUGCUAAAGAACGAUAAGAAACGUAGGAUGGUUUAAAAGCUUAAGGAUGUGAAGGGAGCUCUUUUUUGUAACCCAAAUACUCAGUUUUGAGAGAUCGUUGUAUUUUGUAGUUACUCUUCGCCUUGAAAUUGUUGUACAUCCG